UCCAGUAUUCUAUCAGUAUAGAAAACAACACACACACACUUUGUAGACACGCGUAAAUAAUUUUUCGAAAUUUGUACUUUUAUGCGUGCUAUUCUUUUUCGACUUUUAUCUUAAAUAUAUUACCAUUUUCAAACUAUAAAGAACAUAUUUACAAUCACCGAACCUCAAAAUGCCGCCCGUUUUAAAACGGAGUCUACGGAAAAGAUCAAAACCAGUUCAAGAAACUCCAGCCGAAAUCAAGAAGACGAGUACGCUUUCGAAAAUAAUCAUUCAAGGCACUGAACAGCUGUUAUUGGAUUCUGAAAAUAAUCCAAAUAUUCGAGUUAUUGAAAAACCCAGAAAAAUGCGGUAUUCAAAAUCAUCGAUUCCCACUGCGGAACCGGAUUUCCAGCUGCAUUCCACACCGAAAAUUGGUAAUCUGGCAAAUAAAAGCAACGCACGCGGGAUGUUUGGUCCGAUCAAAAAUAAACAGACAUCCAUAGAAGCUAUUUCUGAAAUUAGUGAUAUGUCCAUUGCUUCAGUGUCGGUGAGGAAUCAGCCGUUUGUGAACUUUCUCCAGGAUUUCUGCAUGACUCGUGGUUCCGAUCCCAGAGAAAGUGUUCAAGAGGCCAUCGCCAAAUGGGAUAAAAUGACACCCAAACAAAAAGCAGAAUUCAGUCCAGAAAACUACGUUCUAAAAUUGUGUAAUCAAGUGCAGAAUCGUAAUGAAAUUUUAAAUGCGGUUGCACUGCAGCCGGUUUAUGAAACUACAAAAAAAAAUCAAAAUGGAUUUAAUAAAGCCAGCAAGGUCAAGAGAUUGUCUCCAAAGCUACGUAAGUUGACAAAGCGAUUAAACCCAAGACCACGAGGUGUGGUGAGUCCCAGAAAAUCAAUUAAAAAUGCGGCCAAAAAGGAGGUGCCUCCAAUGGUGUCGGUGCGUCUAACUAAUAGUGCUUCGGCUUACAAAAACUUUCUGCGCAAAGUCCGUCAAGCAAAUCCUGGUCUGAUGUCCGUAGAAAAGACCUCCCUGUGGCGCAAAAUGACUCCUGCCGAAAAGGAUCUCUAUCGGGUAGUCAGCAAGCGAAGCCAAGAGAAAACCAAUGUCAAGAAAACCAAGUUAAGAGCUCUAGCUGCCAAACGCGUAAGGAAGCAAAGAACCUCACGAUCAACCCAGAUGCCUGAAAAUGCUUUACAUUAUUUGCAAAGCAGUUUCGAUAUUCAGCGAGAUGGCCAACUAGAAAUUUGGAACGAGAGCAACACUUUGCUACGGGAUAGUCAACGCUCCUGGGUCACACUUGACUACAUUUCAAAAGCCUUUGAAAAAGUGAAGAAUAUAUUUAGUUAACUACUUGUUGUCCAAAUUUUAUACAAAACAUAUGUAAUUGCUAUAAAAAAAACUGCGUAGAAACAUA